AUUAAAAUGUGUCCAUGUGCGGUGCGCGAAUGGCUGGUUCUGCUCACAAUGGAGAAGUAUAUCGGGAAGUUCCUGGAACGAGGAUACGACACCAUCGAAACCUGCCAGAAAAUAGUGCUUAGCGAUCUGGUUAUGAUUGGCGUGGAGGAUUACUCUCACCGGAAGCUUCUACUAGACGGUGUCCAGUUAUUGAUAAAUUGCCCGGAGAGCUUUGUGUGCUUGGAGCCACACAACCACACCGAUGCGCAGAUGGAGGAAGUGCCCAUUGGGAUGCAGGAAAUGGUAUUUGCCAGGAAAAGCCCGGAUGACUUUGAAUUUUUCGAUACUAACACGGUCGAGAAGGAACGCAAUGUCCUGUCACCAUUUUCAAAGCCAGCUUCCAAUUUUAAGAAAUCCGGGAUUCCAGUAUUUUCAAAGUCAAUUUUUUAUUCGAAAAAUGAGGAAUCUGCACGAAUCUCAACCCUUAAUGCCCAAAUUUGUGCGGCGGUCAAGGCUAACAUGAUGAACUUAACCUGUCCCCAAGUAAUACGUCGCCACGUGCCGUGCGUAGAUCAUAUAACCCACACUUUCGAUGACAUAACCUGUCAAUUCGAAUCGGAAGUACAAGAUUGCACAUCAGAGGAUGAUGAGGACUUUAUAAUUCUUGACUAGAAUACAAAUUGUUUAAUGAUAAAGCAACUAUUUGUGCCUUGUAUUAUAUUUAAAUAAAACUGAUAAAUAAUGGCAGCAA